UCUAGUCCCUACAACGGCAUCCGACGUGGGCUUCCCUCCACGUUGGAGUCCACGUCCGCAGUGUUAACUUGCACAUCUGUGACCGCGCCUCUUUAGCACUGCAGAUUACCGCAUGCACGACGUUAUGGGAAUUGCACAAGUCGCUUCACUACACCUUCUCAGUGGCGGUUAGGUUUAUGACGUGUCACCUAAGAAUCUCCAAGGUGGGCUUUAGGAGCCGGCAGAGUGAGGGGCGCUUUGUUGAGUUGCUGCUCAAAUACUUUUCCUCGCCGUCGAUGCCAAAAUGUUACCAAGUGAGCUACACGGUAACCUCACAAAUACCUAGUGAAGUUCUCUUCUGACGCCAUGCCAUAUCGGAAAGUUCCGACUCCCGCCUCGAUAGGCCUAAAUCUUACCUCUCCUAAUUACGGGUCACCAAAUAUCGAGACAGAAGAGUCCGGAAGCGAUUCAGAAGGAUCCGCGAUCCGGCUUUCACACCCCGAUUCAGAGGUUCUAGCGUCAAGCUCAUCACCGCCAAAGUUCAACGGAUUUCGCAAUGGCGGAAUUCCCAAGCCAAGCGAUGUGUUUAUCGCUGUAAUGGGCGUUACUGGGUCUGGCAAGAGCUCCUUCAUCUCCAUGUGCUCUGAUACCCCCGUCGAGAUCGGACAUACCUUUGAAGCAUGCACAUCAACCGUUGAUGUCUAUUCCUGCAGUCUUUUGGCAGACCGCACCGUCUAUCUCAUUGAUACUCCAGGCUUCGAUGAUACUCAUAGAAGUGACCCUGAGGUUCUCGUGGAGAUAGCUGAGUGGCUCGCCGAGUCAUACCGGAGCAAAAUCCUACUUCACGGGAUCAUAUAUCUGCAUCGCAUUACCGACACCCGUAUGCAAGGUUCGGCAAAGAAGAAUUUGGUCCUAUUCAAAAAGUUGUGUGGAGAAGAUACCCUGCAGAAAGUGGCUCUUGCAACAACCAUGUGGAAUAUGGUCAAUAAGCAAGAAGGGCUUCAACGCGAGCAAGAGUUGAUGAACACGCAGGAGUAUUGGGGUUCGAUGUUGAGUAAAGGAAGCACCAUUCACCGACAUUAUCACACACGAGAGUCGGCCAUGAAUAUCAUCACGCAGCUAGCCAGUCGUAACAAGCCAUUCGCUACAGACCUACAGACACAGCUCGUGGACCAGCGUCUCACGCUCGAUCGUACAUCCGUCGGCAAAGCACUUCAAAGUGAGCUGCUGACACAGAGGCAAAUAUGGGAAGAGGAGCUUGGUCUCAUCGGCCAGCACGACGAGCGCGUCGCCCGGAUGGAGACGAGGCUACGAGAGCAACAAGAGAAGCAUGCUGCACGCGAGAACCUACCGAAAAGAGCAGCUGGUGGUCAAGCCGGAAAUUCAAGGUCGGGGGAUAGAAAAGAGUUCUCACAAGUUUCAGUAGCGAUGUUUGGAUCUGCUCGAAACUCGUCAAAGGCUGCGUUAGAGGAACUGAAAAUCGAAGCGCAGGUGGAUGAUACGACCGAAGCCGCUGGAGAGGAUUCAAAUGGCUUGAACGACCUAAAACCCUUGGAUCUUGCCGACGAUUUGGGCUCCGUCGUGGAUCCUCCGGAUGUUGCACAGUUUACUGAUUCUGGCUACGCUUCCGUCGGAAGAGAUGCAGGGCCAAUGUCGGAUGAAAAGACGAUCCUGACGCAGCUCGCUGUUGAGCCUGAUUCAACCAAGUCACGAAACGAGGACAUGGACGACACCGCCACCGUAUAUUCAAUUGCCUGGAGUGUUCCGGAAGACGAGUUAGAUACAUACAAGUCAGAGCUUUCCGAGGCCAUCCUCAAGAACCUUCGUCGCCACGUUUCCGAUGUUGAGCUCCUUGAAUCCCUCGCGACGAUUCUGCCAUCUUCACUCAAAUCAUUUGCCCUUCGUUUGGGAUGCCCAGGCUCAAGCAAAGCGGAAAAGGAGGUCAUGUACUUUGUUCACAAACACAGAAUGUGUGUAUGACUUUUUUUCCUCUCGAUUCUUGGGCUGAAGCCAUCCAAAGCUAACUGUGUCACAGCGACAUCGCACACCGCUUCAAUGAUGCCGCAAGG